AUGGGCUUCAAUACAGGAUAUAAUUGUGCUGAGUCCACCAAUUUUGCAUCCGAUCGAUGGAUUGAUUUUGAGGCAUCUGAAGCGUCGGCUGGCUAUCAUAUGGGCUUCAAUACAGGAUAUAAUUGUGCCGAGUCCACCAAUUUUGCAUCCGAUCGAUGGAUUGAUUUUGGUAAUUCUGUUCUUUUUUUUUCUGUUUUGUGCUUCUUCUGGGCUUGUAAAAAUGCAUUGGUUUGUGCUUGCCGCACAGAUAGCGUUGAGAUUGAUAUGCGUCCGUUUAUGAAGGCCCAUCGACCGGACGAAUACGAUGAGUGGUACCAGUACUGGUAUGGAGAAAGAGUUGUCAAGGAGAAAACCAGUAAUUAUUUUGUGCGUGAUUUGUGGUCAAAUUCACCGCCAAAUUUAUUCGCGGAAAAAGAUUUCAAUAAGCGUCUUUCCUGCAAAGCACCGCACUGUGCCGUAUGCCAGUAUUUUGUCCCCAAACCAUUAAUGGAAAAGAAAAAGACACUGCCGAUGAAAUCGAAACGUCUUGUGAAACGUUCAUAUUAUGCAAAAUCAAAUCCAAAUACGUACAGUAUCGAAGAAGAGGACAGCGACUGUGAAGAUCGACUAUUCAGAUGUGCAAAUUGCCUGGUGGUAGUACACGAAGGAUGCUAUCCA